GGGCGCGCCUCCCACCGCCCCGGGGCGCGGCCUCGCCGGCGCAGCCGCCCCGCGCAGCGCCCGCACCCUGCGCAGCUCCCGCACCCGCGCACCAUGGAGCGCCGGGUCGCCCGUGAGUUCCGGCACAAGGUUAAUCUACUAAUUGACAAUGAAGCGGAGAAGGACUACCUUUAUGAUGUGCUGCGGAUGUACCACCAAUCUAUGAAUCUCCCAGUACUUGUGGGGGACCUGAAACUUGUGAUUAACGAACCAAGCAGAUUGCCUCUAUUUGAUGCCAUUCGCCCACUUAUCCCAUUAAAACACCAGGUGGAAUACGAUCAGCUUACACCCAAAAGAUCACGAAAGCUGAAAGAGGUGAGAUUGGAUCGUUUGCAUCCUGAAGGACUUGGAAUCAGUGUGAGAGGUGGAGUGGAAUUUAGCUGCGGCCUCUUCAUCUCCCAGUUAGUUAAAGGAGGACAGGCAGACAAUGUUGGACUUCAGGUUGGAGAUGAGAUAGUUCGUAUAAAUGGGUAUUCCAUUUCAUCGUGCACACAUGAAGAAGUCAUAAAUCUCAUUCGUACAAGGAAAAUAGUGUCCAUAAAAGUAAGACAUAUUGGCAUGAUACCUGUCAAAAGUUCAGCAGAUGAACCUCUUAAAUGGCAAUAUGUGGACCAAUUUGUGUCAGACUCUGGGGAAGGAAAGGGCAGUGUUGCUGGUCUUGCUUCUUCUGGAGGGAGAGACAAUAAAGAGAAGAAAGUCUUCAUUAGCUUGAUUGGUACAAAAGGCAUGGGAUGCAGUAUUUCCAGUGGCCCAACACAAAAACCAGGCAUUUUUAUCAGCAAUGUUAAGCCGGGUUCUCUUUCAGCAGAGGUGGGCUUAGAGGUUGGUGAUCAGAUUGUUGAGGUAAAUGGAGUGGACUUUUCUAAUGUGGAUCAUAAAGAGGCUGUCAGAGUGCUCAAAAGUAGUCGUACUUUGACUAUAUCUGUGGUAGCAGGCGCUGGAAAGGAGCUGUUCAUGACUGAAGAAGAAAGGCAGAGAGAAGCACGUCUUCGUGAGCAAGAACGCCAGGAGUUAAUGCAUCAGAAGCGGCUUGCACUGGAGACUAACAAAAUCAUCAAAGAGCAGCAAGAGAAAGAGAGAUUAAGAAAACUGGAGAUUUCCCAGAAGGCUGCAGAGGAAGAAGAGAGAUACCGCAGAGAAAUAGAGCAGAUAACAGCAGAGGAAGAGAAAUUUAAAAAGGAGUGGGAAGAAGACUGGGGUCCUAAAGAACCUCCAAAAUCUUUAAAAAUUGUAACUGCAGAAGUGCACCCUGCCCCUCGUUCCAAACACAAAAUAGAUGUAGAGGGAGUUGCACAUGACCAACUUGAAAAAGAUGACAUGGAUGAAGUGAUCAUGAAGCAGGACAAACAGGGCUUCCAGAAAUAUUUGGAAGAUUUUGAUCCAUAUUCAAUGUUUACCCCAGAGCAGAUUAUGGGAAAAGAUGUACGGCUGUUACGAAUUAAAAAGGAAGGAUCAUUAGACCUUGCAGUUGAGGGAGGAAUUGAUUCUCCAAUUGGAAAGAUAGUUGUGUCUGCUAUCUAUGAGGGUGGUGCUGCAGACAAACAUGGAGGCAUAGUGAAAGGGGACGAAAUACUAGCUGUAAAUGGCAAGAUACUAAUUGACAGCAGGCUGGCAGAAGCACAGGCAACUCUAGCAAAAGCUUGGAACAUGGGUGGGGAUUGGAUUGACUUAGUCAUUGCAGCAUCACCUCCAAAGGAAUAUGAUGAUGAAAUGACAUUUUUUUGAAGAAGGCUACAGUGGAGAAAUGAAGUGUUUCUCCUGCAGAAACCUGCUGCUCUGUAAAUUAAUAGGAAAUGAAUAACCACAUGAAAUGCAUCUUUAUUUGAAAGAAAUGUAAGCAGUCAGACCUGUAAACUGAACUAGGUACUUGAGAUUCUCCAUGUAAUUUGAAUAAUUUCAAAUCAUUCUAUAGAUGUACAGCAAGAAAAUGUUGAGACUAUUGAUAAGGAGUGCCAGUGAGCAUAGCUUGGUCUGUGAGAACUCAGUCUGAGUUUUUUGCUAUUUUGGGGGGCCAAAUUUUGAAAAUUGUCUUUCAAUUUUCCUGGAAAUAGACACCAAAAUGACAAACGAAGAUAAAUCACAGAUGUCUGUUCCCACAUGCAACACUUGUGAUUACAUGUUCACAGGCCAGUUUGGGUGUGAAAAGGAUUGUAUUUUUACUCUGUACAUAGUGAUUUUCGCUGGAGAACUGGGAAUGUAGAUAGGUAACUUUUGUCCUCACUUGUCUUCUUGUAGCUCUCUUAAUGUCAAUUUUUGUUGCUCGGUUGUGAGUUGUUUUGAGUUAAAAAUACCUGCUGGUGGAAAAAAAUGGUAAUACCAGGAGUGCUAGCAUAUAGGGAAUAAUUUUGGUGAUGCUUAUACAGUAUAAAGAAUCUUCUCUAUCAGCUAAGUAAAUAGCUAGCAAGUAGUCCAGAUAAGAUCAUUUUGUAUAGUCAUAGUUAUACUACCAAGUAGUCGUAUUGGUGGCAAAAAUUAUUCCUUCAUAUAGUCAUGGGUGGAAAACUCGGGUGUGAUUCACAGUCUGCAGAUAAGUACUUUGUUCUCAGUGAGGCUAUAUUCAUGACCGAACUGUGCAGAAAGUCACUAAGUGUAAUAUUUCACUCCUGGUGACUGUCUUCUGUUUAAGUAAAUUCCUCAACACCAUAAAAUCUAUACUAAUCUGGCCUUGAAUAAGCAUGCUUACACUUGUAGACUUAGUACUCAACUUAUCAUUGAGAUAUGUCCUUAGAAAUGUCAUUAUCUUCCUUCCUUGUAUCUGCCAGUUUGCAUUGCUUUUCCUUACCAAAUUCCCAUUGAAGUCUUGCCUUUUGAAGGUUUGGAAACCCUCAUUUCUGUAACACAGACAAAUAACAACUAUGUUCCUGAGAACUCUGUACUUACACAGAGAUGAUUCCUUAUGUUGACUUUCUUCAUUUGCAGUAUUGUUCCAGUAUGCCAAUUUAUGUUUGGCAAGGCACACAUAUUAGAAUGUUUAAAAUUUUCACUCUUAACUAAUCCAGAAAUAAAAUUGCAUUUGCCAAGUGGAA